CGGAAGCAGCACCGAGCCUUUUCAGCUCCUUCUGCUCUCUUCAGCUAACAGAUGAGGACAGAGACAGGACUCGCUGGUGCUAACAUGGCAACGGUAAAAACUCUGCUUUGGCUGGGACUCUCUCUGUCUGCCUUCGGCUUAACCACUGCAGAGGAAAGUUGUGAUCUCCUCUUUGAGAUCACAGAAAUGCUCCGGUGCCCUGCCUUUGGACAGCCCCCUGACAUCAUGGCAGGGCCCGUCGGAGGCUGUGGCCCUUUGAACAGGUUUGGUGUACACUAUAUUACUCUGUUUGAGCUGUGGGACCAGAUCGUUGGGGCGGACCAAUUGUUGGCGCAUGACGAUGCUGACUGGGUAGAAAGUCCUAAUUGUAUCCAAAUAUCAGCAUCAGAGUGUGACCUGACACAGUCCCUAAACGCCUCGGAUAGUAGAGAGAGUAACAUCAGCGCUGUGAAUUUCACUGUGAAGCCAUUGGAUGACAGAAGAGUAAUAGUGAACAUCACUGAUCCUUUGACCUCCAUUUAUUAUCGUAAGAAGCAACUCAGCAUCAGAGACAUUUUGAAAAAAGAUCUUAAUUAUAAGAUCCGCUACUACAAGUCUGGAAGCACAGGAAAGAGAGAUGAGAUAUCAGACUCAAGUAUCAAAGUGAUACCAGGGCUGGAUGAAGGACAGAGUUACUGCUUCAUGGUGGCAGCGUUCAUCAGAUCCAGACCCAAAGCCACUCAGCAGGGAUCCUGGAGCCUGCAGCAGUGCACAGAAGGAUCCCAGGACCAAGAUUUGAGUGUUGGAGCAUGGGUUGGUGUAGGCUUCAUCAUGUUAACAGUCCUCAUCGUCAUCGUCACGGCGACCGUCCUCUGCUGUCGCCAGAGAAACAAAACUCUGCAAACGUCUCAGUCAUCAGCACCAGUGUAAAGUGCUUGGGUUAAGUUUGCUCUCUGAAACCAAGUUUACACUGUAACCUUGGUUCUAUUUCUUUAUUUCAUAUUCAAGGUCUUUAUUUGGUUGACACUGAAAGUGAAAGACUUUUUCACAUUCACCAGUGUUUGUCCUUUCAUUUGUGCCAUCAUCGGGUACAUCAGGAAAACCAGUCUGCUACAUCAAAGUCAUGAUACGGCAUCAUGUAUUAGCUUGUUUUUCGGCGGAACCUGCGUCCAACUCAAUUUUAGUUUGCAUGGAGCUCAUUGGCUGUAGAGUAAUUUUCAUUAAACAACAUUUCUUUUUCUAAAGUAACUGAAAUAUAUCCUUAAGUCACAAUCACAGUUUAUCUGUAAUCUUCAUUUAUAAAACAUGUUUAAAUGGUUUAAGAUUAUAGAAAAAGCAAAUAGUUUGAAUAGCCUUUCCUUUCACGUCAUGUCUGCGUGGGUUCUCUCUGGGUACUCUGACAGUUUAAAGACAUGAAGUUAUUGGGGUUAAGUUUGGUGAAUCUAAAUUGCCCAUACGUGUGAAUAGUUGUCUGUCUCAUUUCUCCUUGUAAAACCAUACACCGUGGUUAGGCUCUUGCCAACUGUGACCCUGAAAUGGUUAAGUAGAAGAAGAUGGACGAACAGCUGGUAAUUGAAGCUGUGAAGUUCGUUUUGAUGUCAUAUCUGCAUCAGCUUGAUGUGCUGUUUCAUCAGCAGUUACUUAGGAAGACUUUCCAACAUAUUUGUGUGUCUGAGCCAAAUCGUUUGCCUUUUUCUUCUUUUUGACCCAUUAUGUUUCAGAUUUGAAUGUCCAGGUCUUAUAAUUCACCACUGGUGGUUAGUGAACACAGUGGAUUAUUUAGCAGCUAUUUUCUCACGAGUGGGGGGAGACAAAGGGUCCAUGAAUUAUUCUAUUUGUAUAUAAAUAGUGUUAAAUAAAAGCUGAAGAUUA